CAGGUCUCCUCUCCCCGACUCUCUCUCUCUCUCCCCGGUUCCCCUGCGAGGCCCGGCCAUGAACAUUUUCUAUAGCUACGUGGCAGCUACAGAAAGUUUAGGGUUGAGGCUAGCCUUCUUGGUAGGGACUCUUAGACAUCAGGGACAAAAACCUUCUGUUCUCAAUAACUUUUCUUUCCACCUCUUGAACUGGGAUGUUUGACUCCAGCUGGAAUUUUCUUUUCCUUGCCAGGACUCUUUUAGUCGGCUAUACCCCACUUACCUCCCGCUCUUUGCCUAAGCAAGUUGCUAAUUGACCCCCAAAGGCCUUCCCCAGUUCUCCUAGAUACCCUAAAACUUUUCUCUGUCUUUCAAAGAGGCACUGCAAUACCUCAGAGCUUUCUAACCCUAAAUCGGUUCACACUAACGUUAUUCUUCUUGGACCAGCAGAUCAGACUUUUCCCAUGCCACUACCUCAGUUUCCAGGGUCCCACCCCCAGUCUCCACCAUCUAGGCAGGCAGGAAGGAUACCGACCCAAAUACUUCCCCUCCUCCCUCCUCCCGCCCCCAACAUCCCGCCGGGAUAAAGGAGUCAGGACUGGGAGAGAUACCCCGCCCCAUCCCAGCAAGAACAGAAACCGCAGCCCCUGCCGGACGGGGGUGAAAGACAGAGGGGAAUACGCACUCCAGGGAUCCUGAGAAGUGCCACCUUCAUCAUGGACUCCGCCGCCGCCGCCGCCGCAGUGGGGAGUCUAGGCUACGUCCGAGAAUUCACUCGCCAUGCAACUGAUGUGCUCUGGAACCUGAACGAGCUGCGCCUUCGAGGGGUCCUCACCGAUGUCACGUUGCUAGUGGGAGGUCGGGCCCUCCGAGCUCACAAGGCUGUCUUGAUCGCCUGCAGUGGCUUCUUCUAUUCGAUUUUCCGUGGCCGGGCAGGAGUGGGAAUGGACCUUCUAUCCCUACCCGGGGGCCCUGAAGCUGGUGGCUUUGCCCCCCUUUUGGAUUUUAUGUACACUUCACGUCUACUCCUUUCACCUGCUAAUGCCCCGGCCGUCCUGGCAGCAGCCACAUAUCUACAGAUGGACCACGUAGUAGAGGCCUGUCACCGAUUCAUCCAGGCAAGCUAUGAGCCCAUAGGUACCUCCCUGCAACCACUUGAUGCAGAAUCACAGGCACCUCUUAUGUCAGCAGCCCCUCCAGAAGGUAGCCCUCACCGCUUUGAGGGGCACCCGGACCCCCCAACAGAGUCCCACAGCUGUUUCCAUGGUCCUCCUAUCCCAGACAGCCCACCUAGUCUUGGCCCCUCACCCUGCAACUGGAAGAAAUACAAGUUCAUCAUUCUCAACUCCAGGAUGGCCCAAGCAGGGACCCCAGCUGGGAAGGCGGACGCUACUGCCGAACCAACUGGUUCCGCAAAGCCUGCCAGUGGCGAAGAGGCCUCUAGCAGCAGUGGGGAGGAGGGUUCCUGUUACGGGACUGGGAGCAGGCUCUCCCCGGCGCUUGAUCCCCCGUUACUGCUCAUGCUUCCCAGCCAGAGAAAACUCGGACCGCCUUCUGAAGCGUCCUGUCCCCGACCAGGGAAUAAUUUCUUCAACUACCAAAACUGUGAGGGAAGGCCUGGCUGCCCGGCAGAGGUAGAGUCGCGAGCACUGACCCCCCUCAGCCUGGGGAACGAAGACAAGCCCUACAAGUGUCAGCUCUGCCGGUGUGCUUUCCGCUACAAAGGCAACUUAGCCAGCCAUCGUACGGUGCACACAGGGGAGAAGCCUUAUCACUGCGCUGUUUGCGGGGCGCGUUUUAACCGACCCGCCAAUCUCAAAACGCACAGCCGCAUCCAUUCUGGGGAGAAGCCUUACAAAUGCGAAACCUGUGGCUCUCGCUUCGUGCAGGUGGCACACCUUCGUGCACACGUGCUGAUUCACACUGGGGAGAAGCCCUAUCCUUGUCCUACCUGUGGAACUCGCUUUCGUCACCUGCAGACACUGAAGAGCCACGUGCGCAUCCAUACUGGGGAGAAACCCUAUCACUGCGAGCCGUGCAACCUGCAUUUCCGCCACAAGAGUCAACUUCGCCUGCAUCUUCGACAGAAACAUGGUGCCGCCACCAACACCAAAGUCCAUUACCAUGUUUUGAGGGCCCCUUGUUGAGGGCCAGGCUUGUGGCUCAGCUUACCCUUACCUUUACCCUUACCCUUUUCUGGUUCUAAUGUUGAUCUCAGUGCAUUUUUUCACUUUGGGGAGAGCAGGGGUAGCAGAUCUACUAGGUCUGUUUCCAUUUUGCUGGCCAAAAUCUCUUCCCUUUGGGAUUUUUUGCCUAGUUCCCUAAGAAGAAUUAGGUUGCCUGGCAGGGAACAGAACUCAACUCCUAGCACCUAAUUUCAGUUCUUCUAUUAAUAUAAUUUAUUGGAGUUACUGGGUGAAGUUGAUAAUUUUUUUCUCACAAGGAACCAUAUUCCCCAUUUCCUCAUUCCUCCCCCACACCCAUUAGGGAAUUAUGUGGCUAGAAGUGAUCCACAGUAAAGUGAGGAUAUAGCUCUGCUGGCAGAGCCAAGCCUGGGGACCCAUUUGUACCUAAGCUUGAAUAUUUCAUAUAAUUAUUAUUAUUAUUAUAGUCAUUUGUAAAGAAACUUUUUUUUUUUUUAAUUUUACAAGAGGUAAGAACCUCUAUUCUACAGCAUUUUAGGAAUCCUAUGGGGGUAAUGAAGCCAAGCCAUGCCAUUCUGGAAAGUGAUGGUUCUUAAAUCAGUUGCUUUUUUCUGUGCCUGUAGAACAGAACAAUCCCUUCGGUGAUCUAGAUGUAGAGAAAAUAAAUCUUUCACCGUGGUUCUGUAAGAAGUUUUGGGGUUCUGCAUUACUCCAAAGUGGGGGCUGGUAACCUCCAGAAAUUUCAUUAGUUCAUACCUAGUCACCUAGAAAAGGAGGACUGGAUCCUUCAUGGUGAAUAUAAAAUUAUAUGUUUUCUCUUGUCACUGUAGAGUUGGGUCUGGAACCUAACCUGAUAUUUUUCAAAUUAGCUCUAGUUGUGCAAAAAUUGGGAACUUACAUGUUGGCUCUAGAAAGGAAUCUAGAAUUCCUUGCUACCCUAGAAUUCAGCCUGUUAUCUGUUAGGCUGCUGGAACUCUCUAUAUUGUCUCUAUAUUGUCGUUUGGAAUGACAAGGACUAAGGUCCUUGAGGCUGAGGUGACACCUUCUGUUUGGGUCUAUAUUUCUUUCCUUAGUGUUUUCUCUUGCAGAGAAGAAAAUGAUCAUUUAUUUUUCCUUGAUGCUGGACAUUGCCUCAUUAGUCUCCUACUGUAACUAGAAAACUUUAGCUCAAGAAAUCUUGGGUACUAUGUAAUACUGUCUUCUUGUUGUUGUUGUUUAAGCUUAGAAACUGUUCUGGAAUAUCAGUUUUGUUUGUUUUGAACCGCAAAAGGUAUCACAACCUAAGGCUAUAAAGAGGUGUGGGAAGAAGAAAGAGAUAGUUUAAGUUUCAUGGAAUAGAACAUGGACUGUGGACAUUUAAGGGACUGUUGUAAUUGCUGAGUUGAAUUUAAGGGCUUCCAAAAGGAUGGUCUGUCAUGAACAGCCUCUGACUAUUGGACAGAAAAGUAGACUUCUAUGUAUCUGGGCCCAGGAUAAAAGAAGACAUUUCCAAAUGAUGUUGGUUUCACAAGCUGGGAUCAAGUGAACCUUGUAUUCUGAUCUGCUAGUUGAACAAAGGGUUGGAAAUAAAAUCAAUUCCUUUCAAGAUGGAGAAGUCUUAUUACAGUUACACAUCUUUACAUCAAAGCUGUGCAAAUGGAUAGACUGGUAUUUCCCUACAAAUUACUUUUAGUAGUGUGAGAGAGGUAUCCUCAUUGUAGUUAGGCAACUGAAUGUGGUGAGGGUUAGGGCUUAAAUUUGGUGGCCCUUGCCCAAGUGAAAAUAGAAAGAGGAGAAAAAUGAGAGACCAGAGGUGAUAUUUAGAGGGAGAAUGAAGGGAAAGUGAAUGAGAGAUGGAUCAAUGAGUGGAUGGAUCUAAAAUGGCAUACAGUAUGGGACUUGGAAUAAAGAAACAUUAAUGUCA